AUGUACCAAUUGGUGGGGAAACUCAAUAGAUUGAAAAGAGUUCUAAAGGAGCUAAAUAGAUCUUCCUUUAAUGAAGUAGUACUCAGUGCAGAACAAGCUAAAGAACAACUAUUGGAUUGCCAGAAAAAGAUCCAACUUGAUCUUAUGAACACAACACUGAUAGGAGAGGAGAAGGAGUUGUCAAAGACUUAUCACAGGUUGCAGCUAGCAAAUGAUGUUCUUCUGUUUUGCAAAGGUGACUUCCACUCAGUCAUGUUAAUACUAAGAGGACUGAAGACUUUUUUAAAGGCAUCAGGACUAACUACUAAUGCAGAGAAAUCAAACAUCUUCAGUGUGAACAUGAAUAUGCAACACUUGGAAGGCUUGUGUGAGAUUACUGGUUACCAGAAAGGAAAGCUCCCAUUCAGGUACCUUGGAGUCCCUAUUACAUCAAGAAAGAUAUCAAUUGUAGACUUUGAAAUAUUGGUGGACAAAUUGACUGUUAAAGUUAGAGGAUGGGGAUCGAGAACACUAUCCUAUGCUGGUAGAGUGCAGCUGAUAAAUUCAAUCAAAAAUGAAGGAGGUCUAGGAGUUACAGAUUGUGUGAGCUGGAAUGAUGCUGUUAUAGUAAAGUACGUAUGGAAUAUUGCCCAGAAAGAAGAUAACCUAUGGGUAAAAUGGGUCAAUCAUCUAUUUAUAAAAGAAGAAUCUUGGUGGGACUAUGAAGCACCUCAGGACAUCAACUGGUAUUGGAAGAAGAUAUGCCAUAUCAGAGAUAAAAUGGCAAUUGGUAUGUGA